AAAGAGAGUCACUAAACUGGACUGUUGAAUAGAGGAAGUGUGUGAAUAAAGGAAAGAGACGGAACGGCUCAGUGGACUGUGAAAAAGGAAGUGUGUGUGUGUGUGAGAGGGUGUGUGUGAGAAGGUGUGUGUGAGAGGGUGUGUGUGAGUGUGUGUGAGUGUGUAACGCAGUGAGACACUCAGAGCUCCAUGUGGAUCAGUAAUGCUGGAAUGGAGAGAGACAGAAUCUCAGCACUGAAGAGGUCAUUUGAGGUCGAGAACGUGGAUUCAUCUUCGCAGUCUUCCUCUCCUCACAUGCGUCGCUCUCCCGCCAUACAGCGCAGCGCCAUCUCUCCGUCCAUCAGCCGCCAACAUGAGCUCGGUGCCAACGGGGCAAUCAAACCCAAACCACAGAUUCCUGAAUUGUCAUCACGCCGCGCCGAGCUCAGCAUCGGCAUCAACCCCAAACCCGUCGACAGCUCGCCCAGCGCUGGAAUCUCCCGCUUCUCCCUGAGGAAGCCUGAGGUAUUGGGCCACAACAAGAUGCCAGAGGUGCAAAAGCACUCUGUCAUGUUCAGCAAGACCCUUGAUAGCACCACUCCAGUCGUCAGGACGCCAUCCAAUGUCAGCUCAAGACAACUGUCUGAAACUACUGUCAGGAGGAACGAACCACCAGAGAUCAGCAUCAGCAAGCCACCUGAGGUCAGAGGUCAAGAGAAUCAUCAACAUUCAUCUGCAAUCACAAUGAGGUGCUCGUCACCCAGCCAAGCUGGAUGGAAACCACCCAGCAAUGAAGGACACAGAUUAGAGCUCAACACCGGUUUCCGCAGCAACAUGGCAGAUAAAGGGGUGGACAAAGGUGCAGACAAGGGGGUGGAGCUUGGCUACGUGGGCAUCGAUGCCAUUUUGGAGCAGAUGAGGAGGAAAGCAAUGAAGCAGGGCUUUGAACUCAACAUCAUGGUAGUGGGUCAAAGCGGUCUCGGUAAAUCCACUCUCAUUAACACUCUGUUCAAGUCCAAAGUGAGCCGCAGAUCAGUGAUGACGAGCAAUGAGGAGAGAAUUCCUCAAACCAUCGAGAUCAAAUCCAUCAGCCAUGACAUUGAAGAGAAAGGAGUGAGGAUGAAGCUGACAGUGAUCGACACACCAGGAUUUGGAGAUCAGAUCAACAACGAGAACUGCUGGAUGCCGAUCAUGAAGUUCAUUAAUGAGCAGUACGAGGCGUUUCUGCAGGAGGAGAUCAACAUCAGCAGGAAGAAAAAAAUUCCAGAUACACGUGUUCACUGCUGCAUUUACUUCAUCCCACCAACAGGACACUGUUUGCGGCCAAUCGAUAUUGAGUUCAUGAGACACCUGUGUAAAGUGGUGAAUAUUGUUCCAGUGAUUGCUAAAGCUGACACGCUAACGCUGGAGGAGAGGGACUCCUUUAAAAAGAAGAUCAGGGAGGAUCUUCGAGCCAAUGAGAUCGAGAUUUACCCUCAGACUGAGUUUGAUGAGGAUUCCGAGGACAGAACGAUCAACGAGAAGAUCAGGGACAUGAUCCCCUUUGCUGUGGUUGGCAGUGAUCAGGAGUACCAAGUGAACGGGAAGAGACUUUUGGGUAGAAAAACACGAUGGGGCACAGUAGAAGUGGAGAACAUAGUGCACUGUGAGUUUGCUUAUCUGCGGGAUUUGCUCAUCAGGACACACAUGCAGAAUCUGAAGGACAUCACCAGCAGUAUUCACUACGAGGUGUAUCGUGUCCGCCGACUCAACGAGAGCAACACACACACCACACACUCGAACGGAGACACAGACGAAGCGUUCACACAUGAGAUGUAGACCUCCGUCUGAUCUGUCCAUCACGCCUGUCCUCCAGAUCCAACAUGUGGACUGUAGAAUUGCUAAUACAUGUCUGUUAGUGUGUGUGUGUGUGUGUGUGUGUCUGUCUGUGUGUGUGUGUGUGUGUGUGUGUUCAGCUUCAUGCUCGUUGCCUAAAUGUGAUUUUCAGUCUUUUCCCCCAGAUGAUGUAAAACUUAUGAUUAACUUAUGAAACUUUGAUGUAAAAAUUUUAAAAUUGUGUUAUGAUGUAACAAGGCUACCUCACUAACGCUAACACACCCUGACUAGCCUGCUAGCUGGUUAACUUGCUCAACAUUAGUUUGAAAACCAAAAUGAAUUAGUGAUUUUGAUUUUAUUUUGAAGCUUGCUAGUCAUAGCUGAUUGAGAUUUUGCCUGCUAGUUAGGAAGUAACAAUAGCUAAGAUAACUAAGAUUACACCAGAUGUGAGUUAGCUAAACUAGCCAGCUAGGUACAGGUGUGUUAGUGGAUAAAACAUGUGUUAUUGUGUGUGUUAGCUAGUGAGUGUUAGCAUAGCAGCAUCAUGAUGUAAUUUUAUUCUUGCUCCAGCAGCAGAGGUUUCUUUCUUUAAAGAGAUAAGUGGAUGUGAGUAGCAACCGGUUGCCAUAGUAACUGUUUUGUAAAUACAUUGAUUUCUGUCCUUGUUAGCAUUGUUUCCUGUGAGGAUUUUACAACACCAAAUGAACUGAAACCUUUAUUAAAUAUAUUUUUAAAUGUAUAAAAAAAGAAAACGAAGAGAAAACCCCUGUCAUCAUGCUAGCUGUGUUAUUCAUUAGCAUGCUAGCUGUGUUAUUCAUUAGCAUGCUAGCUGUGCUAUUCAUUAGCUUGCUAGCUGUGCUAUUCAUUAGCAUGCUAGCUGUGCUAUUCAUUAGAUUGCUAGCUGUGCUAUUCAUUAGCAUGCUAGCUGUGCUAUUCAUUAGCAUGCUAGCUGUGUUAUUCAUUAGCAUGCUAGCUGACAUUUCUGCAUAUUAAUAACGUUUCCUGUCUGCUCCACACACCACUUUAUAACAUUUUACUUUACACCAUGUUUGUAUGGUUUGGGAGAAGAACAAGACUGUCUGUAAGGACUUUUUCACUGUGUGUGUGUGUGUGUGUGUGUGUGUGUGUGUGUGUGUGUGUGUGUGUGUGUGUGUAUUGAUGUAAGCUUAAUAAAUGUCUCUUGAAUCCUGAA